AGCGGUCGUAAUGGUCUAUCCUGGGGUUCCCCACACGCAUGCGCGGUACAGCAAGCCUGUCAAUUCGAAAUCAGGCGAGGGAAACAAACCCAGCUCCCGCAGCCGUCACCUUGACGUCAUGCCUAUCUGUGUGCUGUCAGAGGGGGCGGGGCCCGGCGCCCAGGUACCAGGACACCUGAGCCGGAUUCCCAUCCCACUCAUCACCACCAGCACCGACUACUCCAACAAAACAGUCAAGGGGAAAGUGGUUCAUAAAGGCCCGCUGGUGUCGUUAGCAGCUGACGAUUUCAUCAUGAAGACUGUCAUCCAAGAGGAAGACGCACAGCCGAACGCCUCGUCUCACAACCCGUCCAUCAACGUCGUGCUGUGUGGAGCGCUGGCCAAGGACUUCAGUCAAGCUGUCAAUCAAGGGGAUGUAGUGGUGGCCUCUGGCUUCACUGUGGGCAAAUCUCCCACUGUUCAUAAGGACAAGCUCCACCCCUGUAACCUGCUGCUGUCAGGAGACGACGCCUGUCUUUAUGUAUUGCGCCCGCCGCCUCCUUCUGACCGCAGAUCCCCGUCGGCCAGCAAGAGGAGCACCACGCUCUCCGCUGAGGUUGCCUGCAGGACCAAGGUUCCCAAAUAUACGUAUGUCCGACUGGGCGACCUGAAGGCUGGAUCGGUAGUCAAUGUGUACGGAGUGGUGGUCUUCUUCAAACAGCCAUUCAGGAGCAGGGGAACGGACUUCUGCUCCAGCCUGAAGAUCACCGAUCAGUCCAACCAGAAGAUCGGCUGCACCAUCUUCUGUGAGAAGCUGGAGGACCACCCCAAAAUCUUUCAAAUCGGAGAUAUCGUCCGCAUGCACAGAGUCAAGACUCAGUUCUUCAAUAACUCCAUCACGCUGGUCAACACCUUCGGUUUCUCUGUGGUGACGUUUGACGGGGCGGUGGGUGGAGCCGUGGAGGCGCGGACCUCCAGCCGCUCCUUCCACUUUGACCAGGACGACUGUCGGACUGUGGAGGAGCUGCGAUCUUGGGCAGCCGGCCAGACCCUCCUCCCCCCUGUUCCCACGGUCACUCUGUCUGCCGUUCAGCCCAAAGCUUACUUCGACCUGACCUGCCAGCUGCUGGCCAAAGCCCCCGUCGACACCACCUGCACCCUGCUGAGGGUGUGGGACGGGACUAGGUGUCCUCGCACUCUGCUGAGGGUGACACUUGAGCCGAAUGUUACAGAGGGACGGUCCUCCCCCUCCAAGGAGAGAGCGAACCUCGUUGCCAACGUCUUCGUCUACGACAACCACAUGGAGUUCGCCAGUCAGUUGAAGCCCGGAGCCUUCCUGAGGAUCUACAACCUGCGAGCGAUACCGGGAUCCAGCAAGGUACCCGGCAUCACAAGCAGCCAAUCAGAGGAGGUGGAUCACCUGGCUUUUCACUUGCAUGGUGGGACGGCGUACGGCAGGGGGAUCCGGGUUCUACCCGAAAACAGCCCCGACGUGCAGGAGUUGAAGAGAGUCCUUGAGGCCUUCCCAGAGGAUGACAAUGACCCGCUCCCAGAGCUGAACGACUCAGAGUUGUUGGAAGUCUGGAGCACUCCACCAGAGUCUCUGAAUGGUGAAACAGUGGAGUGCAGCACAGAGAGACGCUGCAGUCACGACCUGCAGCCAGUGACGCUGUCCGAGCUGAAGCGGUCCGAUCCAGGUCGAACUCACCACGUCAGAGUCAAGCUGAGAUCCUACGAGCCCCGCAGACUCCAUCAGGCUCUGAAACUCUACUGCAGCAAGUGUACAUCUAUGCUGGACAUUCCGGAUGAUGAACUGCUGGCAGGCCUGUUCUCUGAGGCAUCCAGGGAGUCUCGACCCUGCAGUCCCCCGCCGUGGUCGCUCUCCGGGCAGGUUGACAUCCCCGGAGGCUCCCCGGGAUCCCCGCACCGAACUCUGAGCGUUCACCUGUCCACGCAGCUCAUGUCUGAGGGCAAAACCAAAGAGCUCCUCUUCCUCAUGGGAUCGACUCUGGAGGAAACGUGUCGACUAGCGGCCAGCUACCAGAAUAUCGUCCCCGUGAGGUCGUCAGGAGGUCACCUGGCUCUGCUCGAUCUGUCGGCACCUUUCCUGUUCAGGGGCAGGAAGAGAUACUACGGGUGUAAACAGUGCUCUGAGGCUGCGGUGAGGGAGCCGAGUGCCGACGGAGUCGAGGUGAUCGAUGAGAAAAUCAUUGCAGAAGCUCUCGGCGUCCAGCUGCUGCAGUUCGUCCUGCUGAUGAAGCUCGAGCUGCAGGACGCCACCGACACGCUGGACGUCUUCCUGUGGAGAGACGCCGAGUUGUUCUUCAGCGUGUCGGCGGAGGACGCGGCAGCCAAUCAGGAGGCUCAGAGAGGCAUCCAUCAAAUCAUGGACACCCUCUGUCCACCAGGGGGCAGCACGGGUGAGUGUCCGUGGCUCGAUCUGUGUCUGGCAGCUUACCGGGCAGAGGACGACGGGGGACGGAGCCAAACCUGCUACCAGAUCUGCCACACCGCCGUCGCCAAGCCCUCCUCCACGCGGUCCGAACCUGACCCCGCCUGAAACGCCUGCAGGUUGAAGGUCUCCGGUAAACCAGAGUCCUGCAGGAGAAAGACUUUUUUCUUUUCACCUCCUUUGUGGUUUUUAUUUGUAUUUAUUGUGUGAAACAAAAUAAAUGUACAUAAAGUGUU